UGAUGAUGGCGGCGGUGGCGGCCGCGCUCCGGGCCUGGGCCGAGGCGGCGGCGCGGGCGGAGGAGGCGGCGCGGGCGGCUCUGGCGGCCUCGGCCCCGCUGCUGGGCUCGCUGGCGGCGCUGGCGGCGCAGAUGCGGGCGGCGCGGCGGCUGCCGUGGGACGCGACGCCGCUCGGCGCCUUCCCGGGGCUGCGGGCGCGGCUGUGGCAGAAGCAGCGCGGCGCGGCCGAGGCGCUGCUGGAGCAGCUGGGCGGGCGGCGGGAGGAGCUGCGGGCCGUGCGGGACGCGGUGGGGAGCGCAGCCAGCGCCGUGCGGCGGCUCUGCGAGGAGCGGGGAUCGGAGCGGGGAUCGGAGCGGGGAUCCACCGGGCUGAGACUGUGCGAGGAGCGGGGAUCGGAGCGGGGAUCCACCGGGCUGAGACUGUGCGAGGAGCGGGGAUCGGAGCGGGGAUCCACCGGGCUGAGACUGUGCGAGGAGCGGGGAUCGGAGCGGGGAUCCCCCGGGCCGUGCGAGGAGCGGGGAUCCACCGGGAUGUGCGAGGAGCGGGGCCCGGCCGAGCUCCGGCUGCCGGCGGCUCUGCGGCGCGGGCCGCGCUGCCCCUCGCUGGCCGAUGUGUUGGAGGGGCUGCAGGACGUGGAACGCUGCUACCGGCACCUGUAUCCUCACGAGGGGCUCUGGGCAGCGCUGGGGGGCUGUUUUCUACUUGUUGUCCUUAUCGGGUACGAAGGUACUUGGAGAGCAAGCUGCUCCUGCAGCGCCUCAGCUUGGACAGCCUGGCAGAUGUGGAAGCUCUCCCGCAGUCCUGGGAGAGGAUUUUGGAGCACUACAGAGAAAACGACGUUGUUAAAGAUACACUCCUGAAGGUCUCACUGUUUGUGGAGAACCAUCAGGAGGUGAGCUGCUCCCCUGGCUCCUGACAGGGCAGCAGGGACUGGCCCUGCCCAGCUCCUGGUGUGUUCUGUGAUGCUGCAAAGGGGAUGAGGAAUUGAGGGAGAUCUCCUGGUGCCUUUUGGAAGCUGAAUGAGUUGAGUCUUGGCCUCAGCAUGAAAUGCUCAAACUGUGCCAUUUUCAAGUGGAAAUGGCCUUGGUCUCUGAAGAAGAAGCUGAGCUGGAAAAGCCAUGAGGAUGGACAGGAGUCACCUCCAGCUGUGGAAUUUGUCCUUUCCUUCUCCUGAUGUGGAGGUUUUGUAUCAUGGAAAAAAUGUUGAUGCCGACUUACAUGAGGUGCUGCAGAUGUGUAACAGAGUCCUUCAGGCUGGUGCCAUGAAAGGUGUUUGGGCUCUGUCCUUAGAAAUAAAGAAAAUAUGUCUGGUUAGGGCACCUCAUGGCCUUGAGCAGUGUGUUUGCAUUCAUCCCACCUGGGCAUGGAGAGGAAUGAAGCAAAUGUGGCUUGAAAAUGUAAUUAUGGAGGUGCACAGAUGCCUGAGUUCUGACACAGGCAGUUUUCAAAGGUCUUGCACACACUGCUCUCUUAACACUGAAAUCAGCCUUAAAACAUCACUGUGGUAGGCACUGCUGACUGUUCUGGAACACCUUUUGUUGGCCGUGGCACUGAUCCUCUGAACAGUUCUGGGAAGCAGUGGGAUGUUUGUCUCCAAAUUGUGUAGUUGGUAAGGAGCUGCAGCUUCUCAGAGAAAGCCAAUAAAGAGUUGCAUUGCAUACAUUG